CAAGUGCCUACAAGUUACCUGCAAGGACAAACGACAACAGAUUCAACGAAGAGGAUCGCCAAUCGUAGCUAUCUUUUUGGCAAAUUUAGUGUACCGUUCAUUGCACAGCGUUGAAAUGAGAAACAAUCAUUACAUCAUACGAACGAACGUCGUGUCGUUCUUCGACGUUGUCCAAUAACCUAACCUGGAUCCAUCAAAGCCACGAGCGGGCACGAGUAAAGGCACAACAUCCAGUACACAACCAAGUACAUCUCAAAUGACGAACACCAUGGAUAGUGCGCAUUUGUGCACACCACAGUCGAUCUUUCAGCAGAUGAACCAACAGAGCUCGCAGCAGCAACAAGUUGGGCCUUGGGCACAGAUACCGCAAGUACCGCCGAUAAGUAUCCCAUGGAGGGCACCUUGCUCGCACCAACAAGAGUUGAUCAGGUUCACUGGGGACACCAAUUCUGCCUUACACACCAUUCAACAAGCGCAGAAACGAAAGUUGGAAACUCAGGAUUUCGUAGAUGUGCGCCAGAGGAAACAGUUUAUAACAGCGGAGAAGAUGACUGCACAUUUUAAAGGUCUGCAUAUUAGUGGCAAUCAUGAUGAACCUAAGAGCUCACCCUCGACAGGGCGUGAGGGAGCGGAUAUGGAUGUUGAAGUGGUGAACGCGACGAAAGGCGAACAAACAAACGAUGCACAUCCGAGAUUGGUUCUUUCAGAGGAACUCAAGCGACUGAAGCCUAUUCUGCCAUCAACUUUUCUAUCUAAAUUAGAAAGACGAUGCAUGGCUCUGGUUCUUUGGGAACCGCCUAGCAAACAUCUUCGCGUCCUUCCGACGAGAGACACUCCCACGCCAAUUCCAAGUACAUCGAACAAUAAUAAUAACAAUAACAACAAUAACGAUGCUACUCCCGAUUUAAAUAAUGUAUCGCCCCCGUUUGAGGCAAUGGAAUUAUGAAAAUCUCUGAUUAGUACAGCGCGUUUCACAUAUAUUAAAAGAAAAAAGAAAAAACAAAAAUAUGAAUACCGUAUUCGGAAAAGUGAGAGCAUCUCAAUAAUCUGGCGAGUGUGAAGUAGAUUAGCGUAACGAGACGAGACGUGUUUCGCGAUUUCUCCCAUUGUAUGAUAACGGCUUGAGUAAUACUGUAUUCGUGUGAAUUUUAAAUACGUCCGUAGUGUGCGUAGUUUCCUUUCGAUAAUCCUGAAUGUACUUCGUGCCAGAGGACUUCAUUAUGAUCUUGCUGUUUAAGUGAAAUAUACCGUGUUUUUUUUAAUUCGUUGCACAUGUUAUAUCUAUUUUUUUUUAUAUAUCAACUUUAUAGUUUUUUUAUUUAUAUCGUUUACGUAGAGAGUAAUGAGAAGUUAUUAUUACGUAAUUAUAUACAAGUAAUUAUGUUAAAUGGAUAUUAUAUAAUAACGAUACACCCGUGUCCGAGUGCAUCAUGCACGUACCAUCCAGCGGGGAAGAGAGGAUCAAAUCGUGUUUGAAAAGUUAUUCAACAAACAGCACGUAUAUCUGCGACUUUGAUCCGUCAUUUCUUUUUUUGUAAUCAUAAAGUAAGAUUCUAUGAAAUUUAUAUGUUGCUAACAAUAGUUUAUCUGUUAAUAUUCUGUUUGCAAGAUCGAGUGUAUAUGAAAUUUUUAAUUAUUACAAAGCGAUAUAAUGAGUGCUAAUGUAUAAUAUGUUGUGAGUUUAUUGUGGAUGUUUGAACACAAAUAUAUGCUAAUUUUGCAUUAAAA